GCGCCGGCCUCUGUCACGGUAGGAUGUGUAUGUUUACGUUUCCGCGAUGAUAACGGCCCGUAUAACAUAUACGGAGGUUAUGUUUACGCGCGUCGCGAGGACAACGCACGUCUUUACGCGCCGGUAAAUUCCUAAAGAGCCGACCCCCUCUCUCGAAUGUCCCCGUGCCCCUCGAGACGUCGUCGCAGCGAUAUUCCGAGGGUUCCGUGAGGUUUUCCCAUCGCCGCAGAUUGCCCGACGUGUGCGACAGCCGCGAUGAGAAACGCGGUAAAUGUGUUCGUAGUAACGUCAGGCCCUAUUCACCACAUAAUUUGUGCGGCAGCGAUUGUGUGAGGAGCCACCGAGAGGCCGUGGCGGAGGGCUUCCGAGAUGAGCUAUGAGUCUGGGCUGCCUGGUAGCCUCUAUCUUUGUUCUUCAGCUGCUUCAGCUGCCAUCGGUGCUCGACGCGCUGCCUUCGGUCGUCAAAAUCGGUGCUAUAUUCACUCAUGACCAAAAGGAUAGCAGCACGGAGCUGGCCUUCAAGUACGCCGUUUACAAGAUCAACAAGGACAAAAUUAUACUGCCGAAGACCACGCUGGAGUACGACAUCCAGUACGUGCCGAAAGAUGAUUCCUUCCACGCAUCGAAAAAGGCGUGCCAGCAGGUCAAGCACGGCGUCCAGGCGGUCUUCGGGCCCUCGGACCCGAUUCUGGGCCAACACAUUCACAGUAUCUGCGACGCCCUCGAUAUUCCGCAUCUCGAGGCCAGGCUGGACCUGGAGACGGAAGCGAGAGAGUUCAGCAUUAAUCUCUAUCCCGCACAAAGUCUGCUCAACGCCGCUUAUCGGGACAUCAUGGAGUUCUUCAAUUGGACCAAAGUGGUGAUCAUCUACGAAGACGACCAUGGAUUGAUGAAGCUUCGGGAUCUGGUGAGGUCACCGAAAAUCCGUGAUAUCGAAGUUAAUCUACGGCAGGCAGACCCCAACUCGUACAGGCAGGUCCUCUCCGAAAUGAAGAGCAAGGAAAUUCAAAAUAUCAUCGUGGACACAAAACCCGAGCACAUGCAUCAUUUUCUACGAAUGAUCCUGCAGCUGCAGAUGAAUGAUUACAAGUACCACUACCUCUUCACGACUUUCGAUAUCGAAACCUUCGAUCUCGAGGACUUCAAGUACAAUUUUGUCAAUAUCACUGCCUUUCGUUUGGUCGACGCGGACGACGUCGGCGUACGUAGUAUCCUGAGGGACAUGGAACGCUAUCAGCCGUCGGGAAACACCAUUCUCAAUAAAUCGAGGAUCAUCCAGGCCGAACCAGCGUUAAUGUACGACAGUGUACAGGUGUUCGCGGUGGGAUUACGUACCCUGGAGCAAUCCCAUGCUUUAAGGCCCGCCAAUAUUUCCUGCGAGCUCGAGCACCCCUGGGACGGCGGCUUGUCUCUCACCAACUAUAUCAACUCGGUCGAGAUAAAAGGAAUCUCCGGACCUAUUGAAUUUAAAGAAGGCCGCAGAAUUCAGUUUAAAUUGGAUCUGCUGAAACUGAAGCAACACUCGCUCGUCAAGGUCGGCGAGUGGCGUCCCGGCGCCGGCGUCAACGUCACAGACACUGCGGCCUUCUUCGAGCCUAGCAUCGGGAAUGUAACUCUGAUUGUGAUCACUAUACUGGAGCAGCCGUAUGUAAUGCUGAAGAGCGGGGGGAAUUUCAGCGGGAACACGCGCUACGAAGGCUUCUGCAUCGACCUGCUGAAGGAGAUAGCGCGCAUGGUGGGCUUCACCUACAGGAUCGAGCUCGUGCCGGAUGGCAAGUAUGGCGUUUACGAUUACGAGACCGGCGAGUGGAACGGGAUAGUUCGCCAGCUGAUGGACAAGAAGGCUGAUCUCGCUGUCGGCUCGAUGACAAUCAACUACGCGCGCGAGAGCGUGAUCGACUUCACGAAGCCGUUCAUGAAUUUGGGCAUCUCGAUCCUCUUCAAGGUACCGACUAGCCAUCAGGCGCGGCUUUUUUCCUUCAUGAAUCCGUUAGCGAUCGAGAUCUGGCUGUACGUUCUAGCAGCGUAUGUUUUGGUGUCGGUGACGAUGUUCGUCGUGUCGCGAUUUAGCCCCUACGAAUGGAAUAAUCCCCAUCCGUGUCAUCCCGGGCCGGAAAUCGUCGAGAAUCAGUUCUCCUUAUCGAAUAGCUUCUGGUUCACCAUCGGAACCCUCAUGCAGCAGGGCAGCGAUCUGAAUCCCAAGGCUACGAGCACGCGUAUCGUCGGUGGCAUAUGGUGGUUCUUCACCCUGAUCAUCAUCUCGUCGUACACCGCGAAUCUAGCGGCUUUCCUCACGGUGGAAAGGAUGAUCACGCCGAUAGAGCACGCCGAGGAUCUCGCCAGUCAGACGGACAUCGCAUACGGAACUCUCGAUAGCGGAAGCACGAUGACUUUCUUCAGGGACUCGAUGGUCGAGACGUAUAAGAAGAUGUGGAGAUUCAUGGAGAAUAAGAAGCCGUCGGUGUUUGUUCCGACAUACGAAGAGGGUAUCCAGCGGGUUCUUCAAGGCGAUUAUGCCUUUCUGAUGGAGUCGACCAUGCUGGAUUACAUUGUCCAAAGGGACUGCAAUCUCACGCAAAUUGGUGGCCUGUUGGACACCAAGGGAUAUGGAAUCGCAACGCCCAUGGGCUCACCCUGGCGGGAUAAGAUCUCUCUAGCAAUUCUGGAGUUGCAAGAGAAAGGCGAAAUUCAGAUCUUGUAUGACAGAUGGUGGAAGAGUCCCGGGGACACUUGUAUGAAGACGGAAAAGGGAAAGGAGAAUAAAGCCAACGCUCUGGGCGUCGACAACAUAGGAGGAGUUUUCGUGGUCUUACUGUGCGGCUUGGCAUUCGCCGUGCUCAUAGCGAUUUUCGAAUUCUGUUACAAUUCCAGGAGGAAUGCACCGGCGGAACGGCAAAGGCUUCCGGUCCCUACGACGCCUACCUCCGGCUCUCUUCAGGGAAUUUCUCAAGCUGUGCAACAGCAGCAGCAGCAGCAGCAACAACAACAGUGCCAGCAGCAACAUCAGCAGCCACCGAAUCAACAAGAGUCGCUUUGCUCGGAGAUGGCACGCGAGCUCUGCCGCGCCUUACGCUGCCGCGCGUCGUCUCGACGACGGCGUACUUGCGACAAAUGUUCUUCGCACGUGAUCGGCUACCCGCCGGACAAUCCCACUGCCACCCCCGUGAACGGGAUGAGGUCGCAGAGGAGCAACCUGGCUGUACCCGUAGUCGAACUGCCCCCACACAUCCACAUGCAUCAUCACGCACCGCCGCACGAGUAUGACGGCAAUUAGACGGGCGUUAUUAGCAAGACCAGCACCACAACGUUAUAAUCGUAAACCAAGAACAAGUACAAAGCGUCUCGCGAAAAGCAAUUAUGACCGAUUUGUUGAUAGAUUUCCGUCGCCAGUGCCGGAAAUUCACGGUAGGCAUGUUUGCACAAUAUUAAUAAAGACAAAUGUUCCGUCGUUUCGACGUUCGCGAUUACGAAGAAAAGAGCUUAAACUGUAUUUGUAAAGCAACGCGUACGUCGCUUUUCCGCACAUUUGAUAAAAUCCGUCGAGUGAGAGAUCGACGCUAUAUACCGAACUUAAUUGAUAAAAUGAUACAACGUGGCUCUCUAAAGUGGUUUUUCUCGUAGCCGCGAGUUUUGUACGAUUAAUCAAUCCGCCGGACAAGUAUAAUCGUCCCGAGGUAGCGAGCGUUCCGGCCGCUUUAUUCGCCCACUUUAGAAAGUAUUCAAAUACGUUCGUGGUACCGUGAUUUAAAUACUGUCAGGAUACCGCAGAAAAAUCUUAAAUUAAAAAGUUACGUACCAGCUCGCAUGCAUAUUAAUUCUCGGCUUUGCGAAAGGAAAAUUCUCUUCGUUACGACGCGAUCGAGAUGGACGUUAAUCGUUAUCGAGAUCGACGAGUUAAGUGCUUUAAAAAAAAAGUUAAUGCUAUUUCGCCCCGCGACAUUUUAACGUAAUAAUUAAAUACAUAAAUGGAUCGUGAAUUUUUUAUCCCCGAAAUUAUGUUUUCAUUGAAAAAUUAUUCUACGCCGAGAUCCUACGCGAAGCAUUUUAAGCGCAAUUUACGAUGUACAAAAUGAAGAGGGAUAUUUUUUCCCCAUACUCUCCUCUACUCUUCUGUUGUUUCCGAGGAAGGUGAAACUUAUUUGGUGAAAUAGCUUCCCCCGAGAUCUUUUAUCUCCGGCCUAUAGGGUUUCUUUUUUUUUAUAUCGAGUCUUCAAUCGUCGCGAAGCGAUCAGCGCGAGAUAUAGGAAUCUAUAUGGCACUCUCACGUCCCAAUUCUAAUUUAACUCGACAUCAGUUCGAUCAGACGAGAGUAGUAUGCUGAAUCUAAGACGAUGAACAACCCUUCCGUCCUGCGCUCGUAGAAUUAAAUCAUCCAAAUUAUCUACGAUGGCGAUUAGCGGUAUCUCUAACGAGUAACGUUCGUGCUACUCUCACGAGACCAUAACGUUCGAUCCAUGCACAGAAACACUGUUUAGACACGCUCUGUAAAUGCGUUCACUUUUUACCGAGAGGCCGCCUAAGGUGUAAUUGUACACGCAAAGUAUUACUGUAAAUAUUGUGCCGCGCGAAGGAAGCAGCAGUGAGAUUCGUAAUGGGACUAUUUUAUGCAAAAAAAAAAAUGUGGCUGAAAGUGAGUAAUCGUUAUAGCGCUAAUCGAGUACAACUUAGACGUUUGGUGUCAUGUAACGUGUGCUGUAAUAUGCUGAUAGCCGGCGAAUAAAUGUAUGAUGAGAGAA